AUGGUCGAACCCAACCCGGGUAUCUGCAGCCUCACCGUUGCGUCUUUGCUCUCCUCCGCCUCCACCUCCUCCUUGCUACUGUUGGGCUUGACGGCGACUCGCCGAUCGGGUCAGUACAGGCGCACCGUGGCCAUGUCCGACAAGGCUGAAGGACUCGCCGCCCCGAGUGGUGGCGCAAGCGCCGACACGACACCUGUGCCUGCUCCCGCGGCGGCCACACCCAAGGCACCCGAAGGCAAUCAUUCACCCGGGAGCGACCGUGGCAUUGCCGUUCCCAAGUCGCGUCUGGCUCCCCCGGCUUUUGGUGGAUCAGCCCCAACCUCCCUCUCGCACACCCUUUCAUCCUACGAUGAUGAAGAUGGGAUUUCUUUCAUCUCAGCCCUUGAACAUGAGAUGCCCAACAGCCCUACCAAUGACUCAAACCAUCUAAAGUACUCAAGCAGCCGCGACAGCCGCAAACAGUACAAGCUCAACCGUUCGCGUUACGAAGAGGAGAAGCAGCGCAUGACGGACAUGUCUGGUUAUGAUAUGGACGAGCGGCCCUACAAGACCGGCAUCAUGAAGAUCCGCAACACGUUGCGCUCUUGGACCAAGUUUUAUUGCGAACUGCGCCACGGCAUGCUGCUCCUCUACAAAGAGGAUCGUCAUGACGUCUGGAUGGGCACCGUCCUGCUUGCCGGUGGCAUGGUGAUGGAGCGCCCCUCGCGCAAAGAAGGACACACCUUCAAGUUUUCGCAUCCGCUGCGCGCGGCCAUUCAUGCCCCACGCGGCCCCAAGGGCGAGAUCUGGUUCAAUCUCGUCCGCAUUCCCUCGGAUCAUUGCAUGUUUCGCGUCUCCACUGCACAAGAGUGCGAGGAGUGGAUCACGGCCUUUCGACGCUCCAUCUUUGGACCCCAUCCCAAAUAUGAAUCGCGCAUGGCGGAGCCUGUCAUCUCCAACUUUGAUACCCUGCGCGCCGACGUGCAAUCAGAUGAUGGUCUCUGUGCCAGCCAGCACGACUUGCAUCAUGCCCACGAGGCCUCGCCCCGAUCCAACCGUCGUCCGAUGCAAGCUGGGGAGAAUGGCUUGUCUUCAGCCACGCGUCAACAGCUGGAGGCGCAGGGUCAAGCUGCUGCAUUGGCCGCUGAGUCAGACCUUGAUCAUGGCGAGGAUUUGAUUCCAAACUGGCGGGCUGAUGCGCGAGAUUUCACAGAGCCCGCACCUCCCAUUGAGGUGGAAGAGAAUGCCUGGGAGUUGCACCUCUCAUCGCUGCAACACUCACCGGGCCAGCGGAUCCAGGAGCAGCAAUUCACCGAAGAAGAAGUGGCCACAGUCUUUGAGCGAAUGGGCAAGGUGCCAGUGACCGAGGCCGUGACGCUGCCUGCGUUCAUGUUGGAGCCACGCUCAGAGCUGGAACGCCUCGGCGAUGCUUUCCAUCAUGCUGACAUUCUGACCGAUGCUGCCAAACAUGCAAUGCCCCGUGGCCGUUUUGUGUCUGUGCUGCGCUGGUACCUCUCGAGCUUUUAUGCCAAGGCCAGCGGAGCCUUGCGUCCGAUCCCGCCUUGCAAGGGAGAGGUGUGCCGACUGAUGUUUGAGCAUCCCAUCCACGGCUCGACACCAUCGUCGCGCGUUUUUUUCGUGGCCGAAGCGGUCGAGCAUGGGUGUGCUGCGCUGCAUGGUAGCAGCCGUGUUGCCGGUUGGGCGGUCGAUGGCGUCAUCAACUGUAGCCAUCACUUCACGGGCGACAAACUGGUCAGCAUUGAGCGUGGUCAGAUGGAGGUGCAUUUGGCUCGUGUGGCUGAAACCUUUGUGAUGACGCGUCCUGCUCAAGUGACCAGCGGUCUCAGCACCGGCCACACCCUGACCACGUACAACGGCAGCAUUGAACUCCGCUGCGACAUGUCGGGCUACCGAUUCAAGGGGAGCUUUGACCCGAACAAUCAGCUGUCCAACGUGAUUGAGGGCACGCUGUUCCACAACGAGGAGAAGAUUGCCACGCUGCAUGGCGAGUGGGAUGGUCAGGUGCACAUUAAGACGCUGGACAAUGACAUGCACCUGUUGUUGGAUACGGCGGACGAAGAGAUUGAGGCUCGUCGGCUGACGCGUCGUGCCAUCGUUGCUGAGGAACUGUGGGGUCUUCCUGCCGUCGAAGAUCAGCCUUUUACGGACAGCCAAGCGUUGUGGAGCUCCUGCGCCGAGUUGUCGGGCGAAGACUUUGAAAACUACAUUGCUUCGCUGCGAACACGCAUGCUGGCCGCACAUGCGCCCACCCUCUUUCACAUUACCAACGGCCAAUAUCGCUACACGGAGGACGUGGGUCGCCCUUGGGACUACUUGCGCGAUCUUUAUGACUACCAGUCGGAGGGCCACCUGAAGUGCUUGACGAUUCAAGACACCGUCACAGGCACGCCGCGUAGCUCGACGCUGACACCCGUGCAAACGCUGCGCAAUCGCAAGCGGCCCAACUCUUUGUCCGGUCUGGCCAGUGUGAGUACCAUGGACUCGGACGUGUUUGUGGCAAGCCCCCGUGUGGGCAAGUCUGGCGGGGGCCGAACCAACUUGGCGUCGGUCGUCGAGGAAGCGGGCUCGGGCACGCCUCAAGGCGAGACAAAUGCUUCUGAAGCUCCAGCAGCUACUCGUCGCACGCCUUCGGUGACAGUCAAGUCCUCACCAAGUGCAAACGCAGCCACUCCAGCUGGGGCAGCUGGCAAAACGCCAAGCGCCGAGGGCUUGGCACAGGUUACCAAGCGUGUGGCGCGCCUUGAGUCGGCUUUUAUGAUGGAGCGUGCUUUGCUUGUGGUGGUCCUGGCCAUCCUGCUGGGCAUUUCUGUUUAUUUCUAGAAGACUGUUGUGGCUUGGUUGGUUGGUUUGGUGGGAGGUGGGGGCAAGAUGCAUUCACCCUUUCUUUGUUUACCUGUAUUCCGCCUGAAGGGUCGGAGCGUUGAAACUCGAGCCAGUUUAUGAUUGGUGAGUUGGUUGGUUGACCGCUGUCUCUUGGUUGAUGAGGAGAGGGGCUGUGGUUUCAAUCGAACCCAACGGAUUUG